AAAACGACAAUGCUAAAUGCUAAGAAACGUAUUGCUUAUUUCCGAGAAAUUACACUCCCCAAUUUUCCUUCUUCUUUUACUAUAAAUUCAAUUACACUGUUUUUCACUUGUAACCUCAAACAGAAAUGGGACAAACUCUGGGUUGUAUUCAAGUGGACCAGUCAACAGUUGCUAUUAAGGAAACCUUUGGGAAAUUUGAUGACGUGCUUGAACCUGGUUGUCAUUGCUUGCCUUGGUGUUUUGGGAGCCAGUUAGCUGGUCACCUCUCUUUGCGUGUGCAGCAGCUUGAUGUCCGGUGUGAAACCAAAACUAAGGAUAAUGUGUUUGUUACUGUGGUUGCGUCUGUUCAAUACCGAGCACUGGCAGAAAAGGCGCAAGAUGCCUUUUAUAAGCUCAGCAAUACGAGAGCCCAGAUUCAAGCCUAUGUAUUUGAUGUUAUUAGGGCUUGUGUUCCAAAGCUGGAGUUGGAUGCAACCUUUGAACAGAAGAAUGACAUAGCAAAAGCUGUGGAAAAUGAGCUUGAAAAGGCCAUGUCACAUUACGGAUUUGAGAUAGUUCAGACUCUGAUAGUGGAUAUUGAGCCCGAUGAGCAUGUGAAGAGGGCAAUGAAUGAGAUUAAUGCAGCUGCUAGAAUGAGGUUGGCCGCCAGCGAAAAAGCUGAAGCGGAGAAGAUAUUGCAAAUAAAGCGAGCAGAAGGAGAUGCAGAAUCAAAAUAUCUUGCAGGGCUUGGUAUCGCUAGGCAACGGCAAGCGAUUGUGGAUGGACUGAGAGACAGUGUGCUAGCUUUCUCUGUGAAUGUUCCAGGGACCACGUCGAAGGAUGUGAUGGAUAUGGUUCUGGUGACUCAAUACUUUGAUACCAUGAAGGAAAUUGGUGCAUCCUCAAAAUCCAACUCCAUUUUCAUUCCGCAUGGACCUGGUGCUGUCAAAGAUAUUGCCACACAGAUCAGGGAUGGUCUGCUUCAGGGCAACUCUGCUCAGUAGAAUCUUACAGUUUGGUAGUAUUUCUUCAAGAUUUUCUAUGUAUAGCACGACAGUACUGUGUGGGAUAGCGUUUUCCGACGGUUUAAGUUAAAGAUUAUGGUGCAUUUGUAAGUAAAUGAUGAUACUGCAUUUCUUCUGCUGCUAGGUUUAUAUUAUUUGGUGUUCAUAGAAUAUAUGAUCAACUUCUAAUUAUCUUUUGAGAAGGUUAAAUUAUUAUUUAAAUUCAAGGAUUUGCACUUCUUAUUAA